UCAGCGGGAGGAGGUGAUAAGAGCCGUCCGCUGUCACUUCAUACUGACACUUCUACAGAGAGCCGGAGGAUGAUGAUGACCCCACUCAGCUGGAUCCUCUUCUCUCUGGUGCUCUCCUCCGCCGGGGCCUUCUUCAUGGACACAAAGGGUCCAAUCGUCUUCCAGAAUGGGGAUCUGAGCUUCGGACAUCAAGUGGUACAGCUGGAUAAAUCGGUGAUAGUCAGCGCUCCACUCCAACAAACCGCCGUUAAUAAAACUGGACAGUUGUUUCGCUGUGACCCGCAGGAACGCAAAUGCAGCCCAAUCGAAAUUUCCACUGGGUCAGACGAUGGGAUUAAUAUAUCACUUGGACUCUCUCUGGCUGUCCAAGACAAUUCGGCGCAGUUGUUGGCUUGUGGGUCCACUCUACAGAGAGUGUGCGGAGAGAAUAUUUAUGUUAAUGGACGCUGCUACCAGGUAGACCUAAAAAGGCCGCAGCCCCGGCGUGCACUACCGGCCUUCCUACCAGAGUGUAACCUUUUCAGCCUUGAUAUCGUCUUCCUGAUUGAUGGAUCCGGCAGUGUUGCCACACAGGACUUCACGAAAAUGUUAACUUUUGUGUCUAGAGUUAUGACAUCAUUCAGCAAGACAGACACCCAGUUCGCCCUCAUGCAGUACUCCAGCAAUUUUAUAAUACACUUUGAUUUCAAUAAAUUUGCUUCAGUAAAAGACCCGGCAGUUCUGACUUCAAACAUCAAAAAAAUGCAGCACCUAACCAGAACCGCAACGGCCAUCCAUAAAGUGACGACGGAGCUCUUUGUCCCCAGCAGUGGGGCCCGAGAUAAAGCUGUGAAACUUCUGAUUGUAAUAACUGAUGGACAGACGAAUGGAGAUGACAGGGAUCUUCAGGAUUCAGCCAAUGAGGCGAGAGGAAGAGGCAUAGUGGGCUUCGCCAUUGGGGUUGGUGGUGCCUUCAGAUCGACAGAUGCCUAUGCAGAAUUACAAACCAUUGCAUCAUCCAGGGACCGGAUCUUUCAAGUCACCGACUUCUCUGCCCUCUCCCAGUUCCAGAAGACUUUGCAGGAGAAGAUCUUUGCCAUCGAAGGAACGCAGUCACAGGACGCAACUUCAUUCCAGAUGGAGAUGUCCCAGGAGGGGUUCAGUGCCAUCCUAACACAGGAUGGGCCCAUCCUCGGGGCAGUAGGUGCUUAUGGCUGGUCAGGAGGGGUAUCAGUUUACACUGCCGGGCAGCAGAAUGGUACAUGGAUAAACGCAACAAAGGAUCAGACGGACAUGAGGGACUCUUAUAUGGGUUAUGCUGUACAGAAUGUAGCGAAGGACAAAAUAGCAGUUGGGGCUCCAAGAUACCAACACACCGGGAAGGUCCUCAUCUACACAAAAGACCCCAGAAGUAGCCAGUGGAGGCACAUGGCCACAGCCAAUGGAGAACAGAUCGGUUCAUACUUUGGGUCGGUUCUGAGUGUCCUUCAAAAUUCACAACAACCUGUCCUUGUGGUUGGAGCUCCAACAUAUUACUCUCCAGAGGUGCCAAGCGGACGGGUGUACCUGUGUCCCAUCCCCACUCAGGUCACGGGUCCUCAACCCAUUACCAUCUCUUGCCCAGUAACCCUUCACGGAGACUCCAACCAAGCUGUGGGCCAGUUUGGUUCUGCCAUCACCGUCCUACCUGACCUGACUGGAGAUCAGCUGCCAGACCUGGCUGUGGGAGCCCCGUAUGAGGACAAUUAUCAGGGAGCUGUCUACAUCUUCCCAGGUCAGGGGAACAGCUUCAGAACAUCAUAUAUUCAGAGGGUAACUGGUAGUCUGGUCGGCAGUGGCAUAAGGUUUUUCGGGAGGUCUGUAAGUGGGAAUCUGGACAUGACGGGGGAUACAAUUCCAGAUGUCACCGUCGGAGGUGAAGGCCGAGUCAUUAUACUAAAAUCUCGCCCAGUGGUUGGUCUGUCGGUGUCCAUGACAUUUAAUCCACAAAAAAUUCAACUUGAUUCCUACGAAUGUUCUGUCCAGCAAAGAAAGGAACUGGCAACAAACGUCACUUUGUGCUUCACCCAGGAAGUGAAGAGCACCCAAGUCACAGGUGAAAUCUCUGCAAGAGUUAACUACACUCUCCUGCUGGACUCGGCAGUCACUUCGACCCGAGCGGUCUUCUCCAAGCAACCUGACACCCAGACAGCAAGCCGGUUAAUGGACCUCAAAGUGGGGCAGAAUUGUGCCAAGCACCCCAUCCUCCUUCCUGGCUGUGUGGAGGACUCUCUGACUCCUCUCCGGGUGUCUCUCAGUUACUCUCUUAUGGGAAAUCCUGUGCUAAGUGAGGACUCGAGGACCAGCCAUGCUGAAGAGGUCCCAUUUCAGAAGAAUUGCGGUGGUGAUGAUGUGUGUGAAGAUGAUCUGAGGCUGGCCAUCAACUUUGCUAGUGUCACCCAGCUUGUGGUCGGGACGUUGCUUGACAUCAAUGUGACAGUCUCUGUGGAGAGUUUAAAAGACGACUCGUACAACACUCGUGUUCUGCUCCCCUUCCCUGUCGGCUUGUCAUAUCGUAGGGUGUCUCUUAUUGAGAGUAACAAGAAAGUGACAGUUCUCUGUACCACCCUGGAGGGUCAGAGAGUGGUGAACUGCGCAGUGAACAGACCUCUGCUGAGACCCAAUACCACGGUGGUCUUUUUGGUGGGCUUUCACGUUUCCUCUACGUCUGUUCUGGGAGACUCUCUGCUGAUGGUGGCCAAUAUAACCAGUGAUAACACAGACUCUGCCAUCAAUCGAAGGAUGUCCUCAACAAGAGUAGAUGUGCUGUAUGCCAUCUAUGUCACCAUCACCGGCCUUGAAGAGUCCAGCAAGUACCAUAACUUCACAUCUGAUGACUCCACCAUACAGCACAUCUACAGGGUCAAUAAUCUGGGUCAGCGCAGUCUUCCUCUCUCCGUUGUCUUCCUCCUCCCGGUGCGGCUGGGUGAGGUCUCAGUCUGGGAGAAGAUCACCAUCAUCAGCUCUGAGCCAGAAAUCACCAAUUGUACCAUGACGGGAGUGACAGAGGGAGCCAAGAACGUUGGGGAACUCAUCAAGAAGAGUCCAAUUGUUAACUGCUCGGUUGGUUGGUGUGUCAGAGCGGAGUGUCAGAUCCGGGUUCUGGAACCUCAGAGUUCAGUGAUCCUCAGAGUCAAUGGAUCUGUGACUAAAGACUGGACCACACAGACGGAGCAGAAGAAAAUCUCCCUGCAGAGCUGGGCAGAGAUUGUAUAUGAUAACCGAACCUUCCAUCAGAACCAGCAGUUCACCCGAGCCCAGGCUCAGACGGUGCUGGAAAUUCCCACUGAGUACAAUUACCUCCCCAUCAUAGUCGGGAGCAGUGUGGGGGGGCUGGUGCUCCUCGCCCUGAUAACGGCUGCGUUGUAUAAGCUCGGCUUCUUCAAGCGUCAGUACAAGGACAUGUUGGAUAAUACAGCAGAAGGGGAAAUGGGAAACGACAAUGCACCUCUGGGGCCCGAAAAUGUCGGGGAGACCGGCUGA